AUGUGGGGAGCAGCAAACCCUUGGGGUCCAAUGGCCCCUUGGUAUUGGUGGGGCAGUUCCGGGCCUCUAUUUCCCCUUCUUCCUCUUCGGUGUCUCCAGCCGAACCCCACUACAGGUGAAAGCCCAGACGGUUCAGCAUUUUGCAGAAACAAAGAACUGUUCUGGGUUCCUGUUUCAUUCUGAGGCGGGCCGAGGGCUCUCAGCCCAUUUGCGGAGGUGAGAUGAUGGACACCCCUUGCGUCCAAGGGGCUUUGAGCUGGCUCAGGCUGGGAUAGAGGGGCGCUCUGGUCCACCGAAGAGCCCUCUAAGAGCAUCGUCCCAUUCCGUAAGCCCCAAACCUCCGCUGCACCAAAGGCUAAUUAAUGAAAAACCAAACCAAACCAAAACUCCAGAGACACACGCAGGGGAAAUGUUCUGCAUUCCUAAAGGGGUGCUCUGCCUCGCCUGGGCCCCCAACAGUACAACCCUGCGGCUUCCCUUGCUGCCGCACUCUUUUGUGAACUCCUGUCUUGGGAACAGCCAUGUCUGCUCGUCCCCACUUCCGGGCUUCCCCUUUCCCAGCUACCGCCUCGGCUUGCCGAGGCUCGACCCCGCGCCCAGCGCUUCUGCGUGCAGCUCCGGCUCCACUUUCACUUUCGGUCCCGGGGCGGCCAAGGCAGGCAGCAGCGUUGUGGUCCCCGAGCCCCAGCCUGAAGAUCUACUCUGUGGGGAAGUGAGAGGCAGUUCAAGCAAGAUGAUAUCUCUGUCCAUCAAACGGCCCCUUGUGACCAUGUCCUUCCUGCUUUCAUCACUGUUGAUGCUCUUAACUGUGGCAACUCCAUCCUGGUGUCAGAGCAGUGAAAUGACAUCUCCAAAGGCUAGUAACAGGGCGCCAUUUCCUUGGAAUAAAAUGCGACUUCCCGAGCACAUCAUCCCAGUUCAUUAUGAUCUCAUGAUUCAUGCCAACCUCACCACUCUGACUUUCGGGGGAACCACGGAAAUAGAAAUCACAGCCAGCAAGCCCACCAGUACCAUCAUCCUGCAUAGUCACCACCUGCAAAUACCUAAGGCCGCCCUGAGGAAGGGAGCUGGUGAGAAGCAGUCUGAGGAGCCGCUGAGAGUCCUGGAAUACCCGCCUCAGGAGCAAAUCGCACUCCUGGCUCCUGAGCCCCUGGUGGUUGGGCUCCCAUACACCAUUGUCAUUGACUAUGCUGGAAACCUUUCUGAGAGUUUCCAUGGAUUUUAUAAAAGCACCUACAGAACCAAGGAAGGGGAAGUGAGGAUACUUGCAUCAACACAUUUUGAACCGACUGCAGCCAGAAUGGCCUUUCCCUGCUUUGAUGAACCUGCUUUCAAAGCGAGUUUUUCAAUCAAGAUCAGAAGGGAACCAAGACACCUCGCCAUCUCCAACAUGCCACUGGUUAAAUCUGUGACUGUUGCUGAAGGACUCGUAGAAGACCAUUUUGAUGUGACUGUGAAGAUGAGCACCUACCUAGUGGCCUUCAUUGUUUCAGAUUUUAAGUCUGUCAGCAAGAUAACCAAAAGUGGCAUCAAGGUUUCCGUGUAUGCUGUUCCAGACAAGAUAAAUCAGGCAAAUUAUGCACUGGAUGCUGCAGUGACUCUUCUAGAAUUUUAUGAGGAUUAUUUCAGCAUUCCAUAUCCCUUAUCCAAACAAGAUCUUGCUGCUAUUCCUGACUUUCAGUCUGGUGCUAUGGAAAACUGGGGACUGACAACAUACAGGGAAUCUUCUCUACUGUUUGAUGCUGAAAAGUCUUCAGCAUUAAGUAAGCUUGGCAUCACGAUGACUGUGUCCCAUGAACUCGCCCACCAGUGGUUUGGGAACCUCGUCACUAUGGAAUGGUGGAAUGAUCUUUGGCUAAAUGAGGGAUUUGCCAAGUUUAUGGAGUUCGUGUCUGUCAGUGUGACUCAUCCAGAACUGAAAGUUGAAGAUUAUUUCUUUGAUAAGUGUUUUAAUGCUAUGGAGGUAGAUGCGUUAAACUCCACACACCCUGUGUCCACACCUGUCGAGAAUCCUGCUCAGAUUCAGGAGAUAUUUGAUGAAGUUUCUUAUGAAAAGGGAGCUUGUAUUCUGAAUAUGCUAAGGGAUUAUCUUGGUGCGGAUGCAUUUAAAAGUGGUAUUGUAAAGUAUCUGCAGAAGUAUAGCUAUAAAAACACAAAAACCGAGGACCUUUGGAAUAGUAUGGCAAGUAUUUGCCCUACAGACGGCACACAACGAAUGGAUGGAUUUUGUUCUAGAGGUGAACAUUCAUCUUCACACUGGCGACAGGAAGGCCUUGAUGUGAAAACCAUGAUGAACACCUGGACGCUUCAGAAGGGCUUUCCCCUGGUAACCAUCACAGUGAGAGGGAGGAAUGUACACAUGAAGCAAGAGCACUAUGUGAAAGGCUCAGACGACACCCCAGAAACUGGGUACCUGUGGCAUGUCCCAUUGACAUUCAUUACCAGCAACUCAGACUCAGUCCAGCGAUUUUUGCUGAAGACAAGAACAGAUGUGCUCAUCCUCCCAAAAGAGGUGGAAUGGAUCAAAUUUAAUGUUGGAAUGAGUGGCUAUUACAUAGUGCAUUAUGAGGAUGAUGGAUGGGCUUCUUUGACUGGCCUUUUAAAAGGAACACACAGGGCAAUCAGCAGCAGUGAUCGGGCCAGUCUCAUUAACAAUGCUUUUCAGCUUGUCAGCAUUGGAAAGCUAUCCAUUGAAAAAGCCUUGGAUUUAACCUUGUACUUGAAACGUGAAACUGAAAUCAUGCCAGUGUUCCAAGGUUUGAAUCAACUGAUACCUAUGUAUAGGUUAAUGGAGAAAAGAGAUAUGAAUGAAGUGGAAACUCAGUUCAAGACCUUUCUCAUCGGGCUGCUGAGGGACCUCAUUGAUAAGCAGACUUGGACGGAUGAGGGCUCCAUCUCGGAGCGAAUGCUGCGGAGUCAGCUGCUUCUCCUGGCCUGUGUGCACAAGUACCAGCCCUGUGUGCAGAAGGCAGAAGGCUAUUUCAGACAGUGGCAGGAAGCCAAUGGGAAUUUGAGCCUGCCCAGCGAUGUGACCUUGGCAGUGUUUGCUGUAGGGGCCCAGAACCCAGAAGGAUGGGAUUUUCUUUAUAGUAAAUAUCAAUCGUCAUUGUCCAGUACUGAGAAAAACCAAAUUGAAUUUGCUCUCUGUAUUAUCCACAAUAAAGAAAAGCUUCAGUGGCUACUAGAUCAAAGUUUUAAGGGAGAUACAAUAAAAACUCAAGAGUUCCCAGGUAUUCUUAGAGCUGUCGGCAGAAACCCAGUGGGAUAUCCAUUGGCCUGGCAGUUUCUGAGGGAAAAUUGGAAUAAACUUGUACAAAAGUUUGAACUUGGCUCAAGUUCCAUAGCCUACAUGGUAAUGGGAACAACAAAUCAAUUCUCGACAAGAGCACGGCUUGAAGAGGCAGACUGUAAGCUUCAUGAGGGUAGGGUGCUUGCCUGAUUCAUUGCCUCAUCCUCAGUGUCUCACACAGUAAUCGAGCCGGAGAAACGGAUAAGUACCACAGUAAAUAUUCAUGAAGAAGUGGAUGAGGGUGAGUCCCUGGUACCUGCUGGGCUUUAGGUUCUGCACUUCACCCACAUUACACGACGGCAUCCUCACCAAUGCUCUGCAGUGUCACAAAUGAGGAAUCCUAGUCCCAGAGAAGUUAAUCAUUUACUCACCUACUAAUAGCAUAAAUCUGGUUUUCUACCCACAUGCACAGAAAAUAUUCUCAAGGAGGCAGGUUUGAAUCAAAUACGUACUCAGUUGAGAUGCUGAAUUUCCCAAGGCAGAUGAAGAUAGGAGUGAUAAAUUUGGGUCAGGAGAAGUAGAAGGGCAGGCAGGGGUUAACAGCUGGCUUUGUUAGAGCUCUUGCAGGCUUGUUUUUUAGUACUAUCAUGGUAGGCUCCUUCAGGAUUAAUUAAUUAAUUUGAGCAAUUAGUAAAAAUAUUGAUGUGGUUUGACUGAAGAGUGCCUAGAGUGAUUUUUUUUUUUUGGAAGUAUAGUUGAUUUACAGUGUUGUGUUAAUUUCUGCUCUAUAGCAAAGUGACUCAGCCAUACACAUAUUCUUUUUCAUAUUGUUUUCCAUUACGGUUUAUCACAGGAUAUUGCCCAGAGUUACUUCUUAAACUGCCUAUUAAUUAAUCUUGAGUUCUGCGAGACAAAACAGUAGAUUGAGCUACAGUUUAAGGCAGGAUAGUGAAGCGAGUUAAGUGUUUUCUAGGUUGCUGUAGCAGUAGUGCAUGCCUUCAGCUCACGGAAAAGUUCUACUGAGAUUUAAUUUUAAAACAACCCCGAAUCAUUUAAAAUUGGAAUUUGAUCUUUCAAAAAGCCUAUUCUUACCCCCCUCCUUUUCCCAAACUUAUGAUGUUAUGACAUGGAUUUUUAAGGAAUUAACUGUCUGGAAUCCAUGCUGAAUAAAUAAUGUAUCUUGGCUUAGACUUUCUUCCUGUCUAUGAAAUCAAAAAUUGAUGGAUUGAUGUGAAGUGUAUGGGAAAAGUUUAAGAACCCUUGAAGGUGAGACAGAGUAGUACAGUGGUCAGUGCUGUUGCAAAGCCAACCUAUUCCUCAUGUGAGCUUAAAGGGGAUAAAGUACCCAUCGGUGAAACAAUAGCAAAGAUAUUUUUGAGGAGAUAGUCAAGCGAUUAUCUCUUUAAAACCACGGGGAACUUUGGAUGGAUUUUAUCUUGAAGGAACAAUACAUCAAUUGUGGAUUAGGAUAAAAAAAUUUGGCAAGGUUUGGGGUAUUACCACCAUAACUUGCUAAAAACCCCAUUUCCCCAGUGUUUCUAUCAUAACAGACAAGGCCAGACCCAUGGAGGAAGACGGCACGUAUGUGGCUGAAACUGUUUUGCUUGGCAGAGAAGAUACUCUGCACAUUCUGCUUUUUCAGCUCUGUUUAAAAAAGUUAAGUUUGCAUCUGUGUGUCUAUAACAGAAUACACAUGAGAUACAUGCGAUUAAAACUUAAUUAUGAAAUGGUAAACAGUGAAGUCUUUUAGAAUCUGGCAACUGUGAAUAAAUAAAAAAGCUGCAGAGAAAAAACACAAAACUUGACAUCAUGAGGCAUGAGCUCAUUCCAUAGAGCUUAAGUUUAUGUACAUAAUCGUAUCCAGACACCUGGCCCUGUUUUCUAUGUAGAAUUUUGACAAAUGCUGGAAUUUGGGCUUCAGUUUUCUUUUAACUAGCCUGAACUUUGUGUAACUUAAUAA